AUGCCCCGUUCUUCUCGCACAGGUGAAUUGAUAUACGACGCGGAGGUUGAGAAAGCAGCGCGUAAGCGGAGGCAAAAGACCAAGAGACGAAAAGAAGGGCACUUAUUUAUUGCAAACGAGUCAGUAGAAGACGAAAUAAGCAUGGCCAACACCCAAACAUUAAAGGAGCUGGCUGCCCCGGAACUGACUCACCAGCCCUUGUGCAUCACGUUCCCCACUUUGGCUGAGAAUACGGCUUUCGAACUGAAGUCGGGGUUGAUUCACCUCUUACCUUCUUUCUAUGGUCUCUCUGGUGAAGAACCCCACAAACACGUCAAGGAGUUCGAGGUGGUGUGCUCUAGUAUGAAACCUCCUGGGGUCACUGAAGAGCAAAUUAGACUGAGAGCCUUCCCUUUUUCCCUCAAGGAUGCAGCGAAGGAUUGGUUAUACUACCUAUCCGCAGGUAGUAUCACAACAUGGGCCCAACUUAAGAAGAAAUUUUUGGAAAAAUUCUUCCCUGCCUCCCGGGCUGCAAGUCUAAGAAAAGAAAUAUGUAGUAUUAAACAGUAUCCCGGGGAGUCCCUAUAUGAUUAUUGGGAAAGGUUCAAUAAGUUGUGCACUAGAUGCCCACAGCAUCAAAUUAGUGAACAACUAUUGAUCCAAUACUUUUAUGAGGGACUACAGACGUCCGACAGGAGUAUCAUUGAUGCAGCAAGUGGGGGAGUAUUAGCAAACAAAACACCAAGGGAAUCAUGGCUACUCAUUGAGUCGAUGGCAGAAAAUUCUCAACAGUUUGGCUUCCGUGAGAGUAACCCUACCCGUAGGGUUAAUGAGGUGGAGACGACAUCUAUUCAGCAACAGUUGUCGGAGCUAACAUCCGUUGUUCGACAAUUAGCUGUGGGAAAUGUGCCCCAAGUAAAAGCCUGUGGAAUCUGCACAAAUAUGGGCCACCCUACUGACUCAUGUCUUCUGUUGCAAGAGAAUGGGGCUGAACAAGUGAACAUGGCUGGAGGCGUGCCCGCGCCUCGUAGACAGUACGAUCCAUACUCCAACACAUAUAAUCCGGGUUGGAGAGAUCACCCCAAUUUCAGCUAUGGUGAUAGGCCACAAAAUGCAUUCUCUAAUCGUCCACCAGGAUUUCAGCAACCUUGGCAACAGAAGUCUCAAUCCUCGUUCUCCAGCUCAGAAAGUUCUUUGGAGGAAAUUGUCAAGAGUUUGGCCACGACCACCACUCAACUCCAGCAAGAGACUAGGUCCUUGCUCGCGAGCACUAUUCAGUUCCAACAGGACACCAAAGCAGGCAUGAAGGACAUGGAGAUUCGAAUGAGUCAAAUGGCAACUGCCAUUAACCGCCUGGAGUCCCAUGUCUAUGGAAAAUUGCCAUCACAACCCGAGACAAAUCCCAACAAUGUAAGUGCCAUGACAUUAAGGAGUGGAAAAGAGGUGGAGGGACCUAAGUUGGUAAAUUCGAAGAGCAGAAAUGAAGAGGAAAUCGAGAAGGAGAUUGAAGAGAAAGGACGCAUUCGCGAAGAGCCUAAGGUACCCAAGUACGCAAAGUUCUUGAAAGACUUGUGCGUUAACAAAAGAAAGCUAAGGGGUGAUGAAAGAGUGAUGGUAGGAGAGAAUGUAUCAGCUGUACUUCAAAGGAAACUCCCACCCAAAUGCGGAGAUUCAGGCCGCCGCCACCUUCCUCUGCACCGCCCUAGCUUGCCAUCGUCCACCAACGCACCAGGCGUGCCUCUGCGCCCUGCCCGUGCACGCGGUCCUCCUCCAGCAGCACGCGGCCUUUCUCUUUGCCUGCAUUUAGGCAGAGAAUCAGGCGGCCUUCUUCGCUCACAUUGGAUUCACCCCGCCUCACCUCCUCCGCCUUAG